UCAAAAAGUGUGAAAAACUUUCCAAAAAAAUGUAUUUAAUAUCAACAGCUAAGACUACGGUCUUAACGGAUUUUAAUGAUUUGGAAACUAAAUCCAUUUAUCAACAUUCCAAUGGUGAGACAACAGAUUUUCAAUUUUAUGCCCAACAGCGCAUCUUUGUGGAGGUUAAUAAAAAAUCCGGUUUAGAAAUAAUGCGCAUAAAGGAAAAGGCUCAAAAAGCCGAUAUCCAGCGUGUGCGUAAACUAACCAUUGAUAAUGUUUAUUGUGUGGCCUGUGCCAAACAGUCCCUGGAAGAGAUGGCUGUUGGUUUAGCUAAUGGUCAAGUUAAAUUGUAUAAUUAUAAAAAAUCAGAGUUUAUACAUAAGUUUAAUGCAGAUUCUAAUCGUAAUUCUGUUUUAUAUUUGGAUUAUAAUGCUUCAGAUGAGUAUAUAGCUUCAGUAUUUGAAAAUGGUUCCAUUAACAUAUAUGGCCACCGAACAAAAACAAAAAUUGAUUCUUUCAACAUAGAUGGCAAUUCAACAUUGGCACGUUUUCAUCCCACUAAACGUUUUCAAUUAUCUAUAGCCUCCUAUAAAGGAGCUGUAACUAUCUAUGACGUUCAUUCGAAACGUAAAUUAUUUCAUGCUACCGAUGCUCAUGGAGCACAAUGUCGAGAUUUAUGUAUGUCUCCUGCUAAUCCCGAUACCUUAAUAAGUGUAGGUUAUGAUUGUGUCAUAAAUAUAUUCGAUACAAGACGUAAAGUUAAACCAGUACAAUUGAUCUAUUGUCAUCCUUUGUCAACUGUGGCGGCUAGUGAAUGUGGUACUUACUUUUGUGUGGGCAAUCUAAAAGGCGAACUUACCACUUAUGAUAUGCGUAAUACAAAAGUGUUUUUGGCGUCGAAAAAGAUUCAUGAUUGUGGUGUAACACGUGUGGCCUUUGCGCCGGUGGCAGCUGAUAAUAGCACUAGUUUUUCUAGUUCUGGUGUGGGAGCCGAACACUCUGUAAUGGCCUUGCCUACGGGCAGUGGUGGUGGAGUUGGCGGUACAGAGUUGCGUAAAUCUAUAGCCUCAAAUCUCUUGGUAGCAACAGAGAAUACUAGAGCUCAUCGUGAUUCAUUUUGUGAUUUUCUCGAUUUUCAGGCAAAUCGUGGUCAAGAGAAAUUAUCACCCAGAUUUGCUCCACGCAGAGAUAGUUUUGAUUGGGAUGCACUUUCACGAAAACCCGUGACAGAUGAUAAUCGCAUGUCUUUUAUUGGUCUUAGUGCUGUACCUUCUAAUACUUCGGCCACACAAAAUGAUUCGUUUGAUACGAAAAUGAAUUCAUCGGAUGUUAUAAAAAUUCCCCUUAGAGAACGUAGCAAUACGCCACAACAUACUCCCGUCACCGGUAAACUAACCCAAAUAAUGGAAGAGGAAAAAUGUUUGCAGGAGACUUUGGAAACUUCCAGUCAAAAUCUUACCUCAGACAGUGAUAAAGAGAAUCCCCAAAUGGAUUUAGAUUUUGUACAAACACGUCUAAAGCCUUUGGCAGUUGAUUUUAAUAGUACACCACGCCGUGACAGGACCUCCAUGGAAAGCAUAUUGACCUCUAAUAAGCCUACCCAAAUACAACCCGUCACUUCCACAGCUACCAAGAAACCUUUACCCCAAGUUAAGGUAACCAGUGCUCCUAAUGAUGUUCAGCAAGCUAUUUCGGAUUUACGCUCCGAAAUGUUACAACGUUUCGAUAAAUUGGAAUUUGAAAUGAAAUUUUUAGCUGAAAAUAAUAAAUGGCAAAUAUUUACGCACAAUUUUAAUCUAUGGAAUCAACGUGCCGAACAAACUGAAGAAAUACGUGACUGUUUGGGUAUUCUAUUGCAGACAGAUCCCUUUGUUAAUGAGUUUUUAAGACUGAAGGAAGAAAAUGAAUUGUUGAAGAAACAAUUGCAACAAUUUAUAAAGGAUUAAUGUUUCAACAAUUUUAUUUAUUACUUUUUCUUUAAUUAAUUAGUUUUGUUUUGCUUUUGUUUUAAAUUGUAUUUAUUUGUAAUUUAAGAAUUUUAC